AGAAAAGUUGGUAAAAAUGUUUAAAUUCUUUGCAGAUUUUUCAAAAAUUUCUAUUUAUUUUUGUUUUUAUUCAUCAAUGCACAUUUGCAUUAAUGCACUUUAUUUUCCGAUGAAUUUAGUUUUUCCUGAAAAUACUAAAAUUGGAUUAAUAGAACUUUGGCGAGAUCAGAUUUAUUUAAGUCAAGAUUUUAAAUUUCUUUCUAUUUCAAAAGAAAAUAAUUCGACUCUAAAUUCUACGGAUACAAUUUUAAAGUGGAACUUUACAAAUGAUGAAUCUUUAGAGGGACAUUUAAACAUACGUUUUAUUGCUUCUGGAAAAGAAAUAGACCAAAAUUUUCAAUUUUGUCGAAUGUACAGUCUAAAUACGAUUUCACAUUUUGGACAAGAAUUGUUUAUUAAUUUAUUCGCUAAUUUUCAAAAAUCAUGGUAUCGAAUACUUUUAGACUUGUUUACAAGUUCACAUUGUCCUUUACUGAAAACUGAUGACUUUAUAAAUCCGGCAUACAUUAAAAUGGAACAAAUAAUUUCGGAAAGAAUGGAAUGUAACAAAAGAAUUAGAGUAAAAUUAAACAUAUUUCGUCGAGGCGAUAACAUUAAUAAUAAAGAAAUGAUAAUUCCGCUAAUUGCAAUAGCCAAAUAUAAUGGAACUAUAAAAUGUGCCGAUGAAAAGCAAUCAUCUUCAUUUUUAUUUUAUAGAAGAAAUGCCUAUUUAGCUGAUGCAUAUAUAGAAUAAAUUAAUUUUUUUUAAUUUGAUUUAUUUAUUAAUAAUUUAUAAAAAAAAAUUAUUGGAAAUGCGGAAUAAAAUGAAAAACACCAUGUCAUGUAACACAUUUUUUUUUUUACUAAUUUUCCAACCAAUAAUACAACAAUAGAUAUUAUACCUAA